UCCGCAGCGGACUCCGGGCGCCCGCCGCCCUUCUCUCUCCGCGGGAGCAGCGGCCGCCCCAGCAGAUGCAUUUCAUAGGACUAUUUUGAGGAUGAAUGUUUUCAAAUCAUCUUGAAAUUGCCAAGUACCACAUACAUGGGAUACAUCCUGCUUUUAUCCUGGACUUCAUCUCUGUGGCUUGAAUCUGACACAGUAGCAUUUGUCUUCGACUUGCGUGUUAACUAAAAAUCCAGCAUGAGGAGAUUUGUCUACUGCAAGGUGGUUCUGGCCACUUCACUGAUGUGGGUACUUGUUGACGUCUUCUUACUGUUGUACUUCAGUGAGUGUAACAAGUGUGAUGACAAGAAGGAGAGGUCCCUGCUGCCUGCUUUGAGGGCUGUCAUUUCAAGAAACCAAGAAGGGCCAGGAGAAAUGGGAAAGGCUGUCCUGAUUCCCAAAGAUGACCAAGAGAAAAUGAAGGAGCUGUUUAAAAUCAAUCAGUUUAACCUCAUGGCCAGUGACUUGAUUGCCCUUAAUCGAAGUUUACCAGAUGUAAGAUUAGAAGGAUGCAAGACAAAAGUCUACCCUGAUGAACUUCCCAAUACAAGUGUAGUCAUUGUUUUUCACAAUGAAGCGUGGAGCACUCUCCUUAGAACUGUUUAUAGUGUUAUAAAUCGUUCCCCACACUACCUACUGUCCGAGGUCAUCUUGGUAGAUGAUGCCAGUGAAAGAGAUUUCCUCAAGUUGACAUUAGAGAAUUAUGUGAAAAAUUUAGAAGUUCCAGUAAAAAUUAUCAGGAUGGAAGAACGCUCUGGGCUAAUACGAGCCCGUCUGCGCGGAGCUGCUGCUUCCAAAGGGCAGGUCAUAACUUUUCUGGAUGCACACUGCGAGUGCACCCUGGGAUGGCUGGAGCCCUUGCUGGCGAGAAUAAAGGAAGACAGGAAAACGGUUGUAUGCCCCAUCAUUGAUGUAAUUAGUGAUGAUACCUUUGAAUAUAUGGCUGGUUCAGACAUGACUUAUGGGGGUUUUAACUGGAAACUGAACUUCCGAUGGUAUCCUGUUCCCCAAAGAGAAAUGGAUAGGAGGAAAGGAGACAGAACAUUGCCUGUCAGGACCCCUACUAUGGCUGGUGGCCUAUUUUCAAUUGACAGAAACUACUUUGAAGAGAUAGGAACUUACGAUGCAGGAAUGGAUAUCUGGGGUGGAGAGAAUCUUGAAAUGUCUUUUAGGAUUUGGCAGUGUGGAGGUUCUUUGGAGAUUGUGACUUGCUCCCAUGUUGGUCAUGUUUUCCGGAAGGCAACUCCAUACACUUUCCCUGGUGGCACUGGCCAUGUCAUUAACAAGAACAACAGGAGACUGGCUGAAGUUUGGAUGGAUGAGUUUAAAGAUUUCUUCUAUAUUAUUUCCCCAGGUGUCGUCAAAGUGGAUUAUGGAGAUGUGUCAGUGAGAAAAACACUAAGAGAAAACUUGAAGUGUAAGCCUUUUUCUUGGUACCUAGAAAACAUCUAUCCUGACUCACAGAUCCCAAGACGCUAUUACUCACUUGGUGAGGUGAGAAAUGUCGAAACCAAUCAAUGCUUAGACAACAUGGGCAGAAAAGAAAAUGAAAAAGUUGGUAUAUUCAACUGCCAUGGCAUGGGAGGAAAUCAAGUGUUUUCUUAUACUGCCGACAAAGAAAUCCGAACUGAUGACUUGUGCUUGGAUGUGUCCAGACUCAAUGGACCCGUAAUCAUGUUAAAAUGCCACCACAUGAGAGGAAAUCAGCUAUGGGAAUAUGAUGCUGAGAAACUCACCUUGAGACAUGUUAACAGUAACCAGUGUCUAGAUGAACCUUCUGAAGAAGACAAAAUGGUGCCUACCAUGCAGGACUGUAGUGGAAGCAGGUCCCAACAAUGGCUGCUGAGGAACAUGACCUUGGGGGCAUGAAGACCAUUUCCCCUGAGCCAUCAAAGUGUCUUCACCUUCAUUUUUCCAUUCUUUCAGUUAGGGGAAAUAUUAACUUUGCUGAAUUCAAAGUUAAAAAAAUUACUUUUAGUAUUCUAAAACAGUUGUUUAUAAUUCAUUUUUAGGAAUGUUUAUUUCCCUCCUAAAAUUUGUAUCUGACUCAAGAAGCACAUAAACGACAGCAGCAAAUUGUUAUUAAACAUUCAAACAACUUGGAAAAAAAUCCUUGUGUUUGCUUUACAUGAAAUAUCUUUCUCUCAUGCUACAGCCUUGCUUGGAGUUGUUUAUUUUGUAUUGUUGGUGAUUGAAAGAGGGAUAAUGUAAAUGCCUUAUGAAAUAUCUUACAUGUUAUCAACUCAUUCUUUAUAAAUGCACUCUUUAUAUAGGAACUUUGUGGAUCAAUGUCAACUUUCUAUGUCAACAAUGAGACCACAUACAAAUUAUUAGUGCUGAAGCAUCACACAAACUAUUGGAUACCAAAUUUUAUAACAGGAAAAAAUAAGUGAGAGACUUGAUUCAUAGAUUAUGAAAAUAUCACAUUAAAAUAUGUGCAUAUGUAAUUUAAAAAAUUCAAUAUAAAUCAUAAAGUUAAGUUCAAAUGAAAUAAGGUAUUCAGGAGAACAAGAUAAAGGUAAAUGCCCACCACCAUGGUGAGAGCUAUUUUGCAUGGGAUGCAGUUAUUUUUCACAGGAGCUUGAGUCGUCUUGCUGAGGGCUGACGUCAGACUUCAGUUCUAAGUACUGUCUUUGUCUGGGUAAAUUCUGCUCUUCCUUUUCUCUUCACAGUGAGGACACAGUUUCUUUCUAAUGCUGUGCAGAAUUGUAAGUGAAGGGUAACAUUCUAGGCCUAAUUUUUUUAUUCUUUCUGAUUUAGAGAUACUACUUGUCAAUGUUAUAAUUUAUAUUUUGUAUUUUAUAAAAAGUAUACUACUAUCUGAUUUUCAAUGCUCUUCUAUAAAAUCUAACAUUUUCAUCACCAGGAGGCUGAACUCAAGACAAUUCAUUAAAUUCUUAUUUUAACUAAAUUUUUAGAUAUGUUUUCCAUCAGCUAUGGCCCAAACAAACUUCAUAUAUUAUUUCUACCUUCAGACCCCUUGUUAAAAGUACAUGAGAAGAGGGAAUGAAAAGGAAGAAAAAUCUAACAGGGACAUAUUUACUGAUAAACUUCUUUAUGUAUUUGACACCAUUUCAAAUGUCCAUAAAAUUGUUCUUAAUAUAUGUUUUGUUUUCUUAGCAGCUAAGAGAAAUUUCUGGGUAAGAAGGGAAUGAAGAGAUGUAGGAGCAGAUUCAUUUUUUUACAUUUGUCAUUAUUUUAAAGGCUCUUAUAGAAAGUAUUAAUCAUUUUCACUUCACUUUUCAAAACACUAUCUUUGUCUUGCUGUGUUUUCUUUCUCUUACUCACUUACAAACAUACUACUUAAUAAUAAAAUGGUAAACUCUUUUAAAAAAAAGUAAAAUAUUAAGCUAUUCUCCCAGUAGACAUUCCUUACCCUUUUAACUGUAUAUUGCUAUAGUUCUAGAGAAUUCUACAAUCUGAAUUUUUUCAAGUUUGUUGCUUAAAGUGUCAACCUUCAGUAUAUCAAAUUCUCUGGGAAUACCUAUAUUUCUAAAAUAGUAGACAAAAGUUAAAACAGCAAGUCAUUUUUUUUCUGAGUAUAAACAGUAAUUUACAGCAAACAUAUAGGAAUCCAUGCCCUCGAGAGGCAGUGAACAACAACUUUAAAUUAAAUAUGGCCUUCAAGUCAACCAAAGCCUGAGGAUGAUCUGUUUCCAUGUUCACUGUUUUAUACUCCCAUGUUCUUCUUGUGCCAAGCAAAACUGUGUGACAUGUCCCUGCACACCACUUACCUUAAACAUAAAAAGCAUUAAUGCUCAAGGAUUUAUUUAUAUAGUAUGAGUAUGCCCAUUUAUUUUAAAUUCAUCAGUCUAAAAGCAUAUUACUUAGAAAGUUGUCAAUGCAAUUUAAAAUACAUACAUAGCUAUUUCAGAAAAAAUAUAUUUAAAGUAUUUCAGCAGCAUUUUAUGUAAUUCCAAGUUUAUUAUGAAAUACUUAAAAGUACAGGAAAACCUAAAACUACAUGAAUUUCAUGCUGGAGAAGAAUUUCAGAGACUUUUCAUGAGUUUGGAUAGGAGACAUAGUAUCUAAAAGGAAAAUAAUGUGACAUAAAAUACCCCAAACUGAAAAACAUUUUAAAAAAUGUUUUCAGCACAGACAAUUAAAACCAUUAUUAGCCAUUAAAU